UCACUUUCACUGAAAGGAAAAAGGCUGGAUUUUUAUGGAGAAGGUAAGACAUAUGUCAGCCUGACCAACACCAUGCCUGAACUCAGCCGACUGACAGCAUGUAUUGAUCUGAUAUUGAUGACUAACAACUCACAUUACUGGAUGGCCUUCUACAUUACUAAUAACACUUUCCUGGGCAGAGAAGAUGUAGACCUUGGACUUGCAGGAGACCAUCAGCAGCUGAUACUGUACAACUUUGGCAAGACCUUUUAUGUCAGCUAUCCUCUGAUUCCAUUUCAUUGGCAUACCCUGUGCUUGGUAUGGGAUGGUGUGAAGGGAAGAUUAGAGCUCUUCCGGAACAAAGAAAGGAUACUUGGAAUAAUGGAUCAGCCACACAGCCUGUCUCCUAAUGGGACUUUGGUCUUGGGGCACUUUCCUGGGAAUGGAGAGAGUCAGAUCAAAACCACGAUACCUCGAUUUAUGAGCAGCCUCUAUUACUUCCAGCUCUGGGACCGCACCCUGGAAAAUGAGGAGUUUAUGACAUGUUUAUAUGGAAAUGUAGUUAGUUGGGAAGAUGAUGUUUGGCUCGUCCACAAGAUAAGUCCAGCUGUUGACAGGAGACUGCGCUGCUUUGUUUCUGAAAAUAUGACAAUUCAAGAAACAAGUACAAAUGUUUCACAGCAAAUAGUCCUAACAACUUCUUCCCAAACUACUGGGCUCAACCCACACAAGACUGCACUUUCAGCCACACUGUUCCCAGAAGGCUUGCCUGUUUCUACAAUCAAGCAUACAGCCAUAUCCUAUUCUAAUACAGUACCCUCACCUCUACCAACAGUACGUGCAUCCAAAGAUUUAAAGACAUCUACAACCAAGACAACUACAUUUUCAGCAGAUACCUUGUUUACCUCAACAGCCAUCCCUCUGCCUACCCAGAGGACACCUAUUCAUACUACUACUGACUCCAUGAAUGUAACAGAACACUCACAUCUGGCAGAAACAAGGACUUCAAAAAUGGUGGAGGCCAUGGCUACAGCUACUAAUUUAAUUGACACAUCUGUAUUCACCAAGAAUUACACUGUAUCUGAAAUUUCAACAACUAAAUCAAAGUCAGUUGUUGGGAAGACAACAUUAUUCUUGAAUGAAUCAGCAUCCAUAGCUACAACACCUUGUCCCAAACCCAAAUCCACAGACGGUGCUAUACUCCAUACCUUUAAGUCUGGGCAAGAAUUUCUUGUAUCUUCAGCUGCCAGAACUGUGUCUUGGUCCACAUUAGAAGAGACUUUACCUAUUACUACUGAUGUUGGGAUUGCAUCAACCUUCCCACCAGAGUCUUUGCUUCCCUCCACAGCUUCUCCUGUGAAUUCUACAUUUCCUGAAAUUCAGGUGGCAUCUACCUUGUCAACAACUGAUGUGGAGAUGCCAUUCACAGUCCAUUCAGUGUUGCCUGUGGAGACCAUGCCUGCCCUAAGAACAGUGAAACAAGAGUCAAUCUCUUCUCAGACUUCCAAGACAGAUUUCCAAGAUGUCUUUUCACCCAGCAUAGAGGAUGCAAUAUCUGCCUCCAUGCCUAAAGAAACCUCUUUCAUGGCCUUUUCUUCCAUUACCUCCUCUCCAAUCACCGGAACUCAAGAUAAACAGAUAGUUAUUGAUGCUGAGAAUACACAUUCAACUGUAAUGCCCCGAACCAAACUUGUCCCUACAUUGGCUGAAGCUUCACUCUUCCCUACCAUGGAAGGACUAGUAUACACCCAGGAUAUACCCCCAACCAAUGAGUCCAUGCUUACUUUGAUUUCUACUAAAUUACCUUCUACAUACAAUGCAUCUGAAUCAGGUCUCACAUCUAUAACAAUUAAAAGCGACUAUCAGUUCUUCACCAAUGAGACCACUUGGACUUCUAAGUCAGGUCAGACCCUGUUGACCUCAAUGAAUACAACCACCAUACCCACAUUCACACCUAAUGAAACUCUCACAUUACCAUUCCAAAGUGAUACCACUAAUAUAGAUUAUUCAUCCAUUACUACUAACGUCACACCAUUUGAAGCAUCCACAGAGAGCAAUGUGACUACCAGCUCUGAUGCUACUACAGCCAGUUAUAUAACAGCUCUAUUCAAAUCGACAUCCCAGUGGCUUAGUAAUUUCACAAGUGUUUCUGGAAUCACAUCUAUAGUCAGACAUCCUGAGUCUAAACUCACUACCUUACUAUUAAAAAGCAACUCUAUGCCCACAGUAGCUGCAAAUGAACUUCCCUCAAUACCAAGGGAGCCAGUUGUUCCAUCAGUAUAUACGUCUACCCUCACUGACAUUAAACCAAAUUUUUCUACUGAGAAGAACAUUUCUGAGACAAUACAAAUAGAAACAAAUGAUGUGAGCACAUUUGGUGAUUCUAUGGCUCCUCUGCCCAUAUCUGCAACAACACAGAGAGUCUAUACCACUGUGACAAAAGCAACCACUUCCCAUCAUCCAAAGGUAAAGUCAACUAUAGCAGCAGUAGCUGAGGUUUCUCCAUUUUCAACAAUGUUGGAAGUGACAGAUGAAUCAGCACAAAUGGUGACAGCUUCUGUCACUGUUUCCUCCUUUGCAAAUAUAGAAAAAUUGACUACCGCAUUGAAUAAAGAAACUGCAACUGCUGAGGUGGGAGUGAGUUGGCUUUCAACCAAAUUGAAGGAAAGAACGCCUGAGAGUUCACACAAUGGCACCACGGAAAGCUUUAACUCAACCCACACCUACACAGUACAGUGGACUUCAGAGACAUCUGAGGGCAAGUCAGCUUCAUCACCCAAUUCUGCGAGCACCCAGGCACUACCCGAACUUCUGAGUUCUUUAACAAUGAAGACAAUGGGAGUCACUUUCUCCACUAAUCCUUCACAGAGGACAGCUGCAUCUUUGUCUACUGGUGUCUUGUCUCCACAGACUGCCCCUACUCAUUCCUCAGUAAUCUCCCAAUCGAUUACACACACACUUUCACUGCCAGUUAAUAUCUCUGCUGUAACCUCUCCGGCCACCAGUAUGGUGUUUUUUGAUGAGACUAAGGUGACCCUGUCUCAGCCUUCUACAUUGGCCAGGGAUUUCACUACAUCUGUGCCUUCAGUUGGUUUAACUCUACCAACAGUGACAAUGACCACAGAGCUGGUGCCACCAGUGAGUCCAACAGCUUCCACAAUCAGGGAUACCAUGUCUACCCACAGAGACUUACUUCAGACUACUUCAGAGGUCACAGCAAUAUCUUCCACAACAGCACACAUGGCAUUUUCCCCUCUGAGAGAGACUUUGGUAUCCUCACUGAGACCUCUCACUCCUGAGAUAACUAAGGCUAUAAGUACCAUUCCCUCCAUCUCAGCUGACUUAGUAAGUCCAUCUAUACACACUCUUGUCUGCUCAAGGCCUUCGCCUAAUAACAUUACUAUUGUAUCCUCUACUUAUGUUAGCUCAACUACAUCAACAUCAGUAGCAACACCAUCUGAAUCUCAAGUUGAGGCUUCAACUUAUGGUUUUAGUUUUCCCUAUGCUUUUAGUAGUGGUGGAGAGAUCAAUAUGGCUUCUGGACCCACAGGAACCUCUGCUGGGGGUGAGGCUAUGCCCCCUAACACCUUUGCCAAUAAAUUUAUUACCUCAGUAGACCGUGAAUCUACCACAUAUUUUGUAAAUACACCAGUCUCCACACAAUCAGUGUUUGCCACCUCUAUGGUAUCUUCUGACAAAGAACAGACCGACAUCUCCAUGGAGAAAACCCCCACUACUAUAGGGGUGGCAAAGAUUUCUCCAUCAAAAAAUUCCUUUAUUUUGGACUCCCAGAGCACUUUCCCUUGGGAAAUGACAGACACAGAGUUUUCUGAGACUACAGAAAUCUCCAGCCACCAAACACAUUUGGCUUCAGAAAUUCUACCUGGUUAUCCAUCUUCUGGGAAUUUAACCACCUCUUCUACUUCUGCGAGCACACAGUCUGCCGAGACCUUGACCUCAAGCACCGUAAUAGGUUUUUAUGUUUCAGAAAGGUCCACCAGUCUUGAGAAAACGGUGCUCCCUUCACAAGUUCAGACAGUUACCAAAUCUUUGUCUCAUGAUCAAGAAAGGACAAGUGCCCUUUCAGAAUAUCCUCCCAGGACUGGAGAAAAGAUCGUGAGUUCCUCUCCUGUGACUCAUCAAGCCACAGGUCACCUAGCUACUUCAUUUGUAGAUGCUUUCAGAACAACUAGAAUAUCACAUCCUGUGCUCAUCAACACAACCCUUUCACACCUACUUUCACUUAAGACGCAACCUGAAGCAACACAGAUUGCUUCUUCCACUUCUAGAAGCACAGAGAAUUUCUCUAAGUCCUUCUCUCCUUUCACAACUGGACUACUGAACACCAAUUUUUCAAUGAUCACUCCUGAUGGGAGCACUACAGACUUUUCUGUUCCAAAUGAACCAACAAACUUUCCUAAGGAGACCUCUAUGGAGGCGUCCACUCCUAUUUACCAAAUGGCUUCAUUGCCCCUCAGAGUCACUGUUUUCACCUCUAAAAAAGUUUCUGGCACCCCUACAAUGCUAAUGACUAAGUCUCCUAGAACAACACACACAGGCAAUUUGAAAAGUGUCUCUAUAGGUACCUUUGGGCUUAAGUCUGAGAGGUCCUCUAUGCCAGUUAAUAACUCUGAUUUCUCAACUACAGUGCUUUAUUCUGACAUUUCCACAAGGCGUGGGGUAUUCUUUACUUCAUUGUCUUCACUUUUCCCUAAGACUACUACUAAAAGUACCCAAGCAUCAACAUUGGCUAUCACACCAGUGGCACAUGCUGGGUCUACUUCACAAGGCUCUUUCUCGAAUUCCCCAGUGGUAGAGGUACCACUCAAUUACACGUCUGCACAUGUUUCCUCUCCAACACGGAGAGUUUUAUUAUCUACAAAAACUAUUCCAACCAUUAGUACUACUGGGAUUUUGACUUCAGUUAUAGGUGCCACUCCCUCUUCUCUGCCCAGUUCUAAGAAUACUGAAGCUAUUUCCUCCAUUCCAAAGACUGUGUUUUCAUUGUUACUUUCAACAACCCAACAACAAUCCCAAGAAAAUGCAGCUCCCACUCUGGACAUAUUACCAGGGAUCACUGCAAGCAGUGGUGGGGUGACAGAGCUCAUUAAUGCCCAUUCCUGUGAGACUGGAAAGAUGAACAUUUUAACAAGUGAAUUAACAAAGAGCAGUCCAUGUGUGACUGCUCCUGUUUUACACCCUUUGCGGACUCAGACCAGUACAGCUCUACCUUCUUUGCCAUCACACCUUUAUUCACCUCAUGGUACCAAAGCCAAGUUUCCGUUUGCAUCUCAAAUGGCUGAAUAUUCAACACAGGCUACAAGCAUCACACCUACUAUUGUCCAGGCUUUGCUUACAACGGCCGGAAACACACGCAGAGUUGACGAUUCUCACUUUCCAGUUUUCACAACGAAGGUAAAGACACCCAACAGAAUGGAAGUAGAGACCCUGCAGUUUCCUUCAGGGACUUUGCCAACAUCCACAACAUCUCAGAUGGGUCUGGUCUCUAGAAAUGCUACAGUGAUGCCAUCGAUUGUCAUCUCAGAAAGCUUUCCUCAGAGUACUUCAUUGUCAGUAUCUUCCACACUCUCCCCUACCAUUUUAGCUGCCAUUCUGCACACAUUUGAGAAAACAGCCACGCCAGUAACCCCUGGGACCACACUCUCAUCAGACCCUUCUGUAAUUUCCAGGGCUACCUCCCCCUCUUGGAGCUUAUCUAGUCUCCCUUCAGACUCUCAGGCAUCUGUAUCUACUCUUCAGCUUUUAACUUCAGGAGAAAUGUCAGAAUCCACUUUUCUAGCUUCUGACAUGAUAGCAACAUACUCUAACUUUACAAUGGCACUCCUUUCUGAUGAAAGUGCCACCAUACCCACCCAAGCCACUUCUGUAACUACACAUGGAACCAUCACUGCUGACCCUUUGACUUCUCUGCCCAUAUCUGCAAGAAACAAAGAUGAUAGCCUACACACUUCCACAUUCCUUGAAUCAUCCUCCAGAACUACUCUGGCUGACAGCUCCAAGACUAUGUCUGAACCCAUGUCCUUUAGAAGAAUGAGUAUAUCACCUUCUAUAACAAGCGAUGACCUAUCUAUUGGUUCUCUGUCUGUAUCUAGCCCUACAAAUACAUAUCUGUGGAGUAAAGCCCCAGCUACAUCAGAAUCCCACAAUUUAUUUCCUUCUAAAUCUACACUGGACUCUGUUAUAAAUAUAGCCACCACUACAUCCACAGCUAUAGGAACCUCAUUUCCUUUGAUGUCUACUGAAAUGACACACCCUUCUACCGCAACUGGGUUUUCAUCAGUCUCUUCAUCGUUUGAGACACCGUGGAUGGACUCCAUAUUUUCCUCUCUAUUUACACAACCAUCUACUUCACCAAUUGCCACAGUGUCUACAGUUUCCUUCUACAAUAUCAAAAUGAGCUUCUCUGUCUUUGAUGAAGAGCCAAGGGUCCUCAUUACCACUGUUAUACAUGAACUUACAAAAGAUUGGUUGAACUUGAUGUUUCAAAACAGUGAAUUUUCUCUUGCUAACCUGGCUAUUGAAAUUAAAAGCAGACAGACUUCCAAAGAAGAGAUGGCCAUGUACAGAUAUAUUUUGGAACAGAAAAAAGGGCAAGGAAUGGAUGCAAUUUUUCAUGUACCAUACAGUUGUGCCUGUUGGGUUAUUAUAAAAGCCAAGUCUUCUUUAGAAUCCAUGGAACUGAUCAGUAGGAUUCGAACAAAAAUACACGGGAGCCUCACACAUGGGAACUUCACACAAGAUCAAUUGACUCUAUUGGUAAAGUCUGACCAUGUUGUAGUGGAAAAGCUAGAGCCAGGAAAAUGUGAAGCAGAUGAAACACCCUCAAAAUACAAAGGGACCUAUAAGUGGCCAUUAACUGACCCUACUGAAACAGCCCAAGAAAGGUGCAUUAAAAAUGAGAACAGGAAUGCCACAAGAAUUUGUUCCAUCAGCAUUCAGACUGGCAAGUGUCAUUGGGAAAAACCAAGGCUUAAGCAGUGCACGUUGCUUCAAGAACUCCCUGAUAAGAUUGUGGACCUUGCUAAUAUCACCAUAAGCGAUGAGAAUGCGGAUGAUGUUGCAGAGCACAUUUUAAAUCUGGUAAAUGAGUCUCUAACUUUGGAUGAAGAAGAGACCAAGAUUAUUGUUUCUAAAGUAGCUGAUAUUUCUAACUGUGACGAGAUAAGUAUCAACCUAACUCAGAUGAUGCUCCAAAUCAUCAGCACUAUGACGGAAAAGCAGAGUGAUUCAGCUUCCAACCUUCCUCCAGUAAGCAAUGAGAUUCUGAGGAUAAUUGAGCGUGCUGGUCACAAGAUGGAAUUUGCAGGGAGAACAGCAAAUCUCACCGUGGCUAAGCUGGCUUUGGCUGUGCUGCGGGUAGACCACAGGUUUGAAGGUAUGGCCUUCAGCAUCCGCUCCUCUGAAGAAGUCACAGCCCCCCAGAUUUUCUUCGGUGAUAUCCCUCUAAGGAGGGCUUUGGCUUCUAUCUAUCUGCCUAAGUCAUUGAGGGAAAAAGCGCCUCUUGAUGGCUUGCAAACCAUCUUGUUUAAUUUUUUUGGCCAAACCUCCCUCUUUAAGACUAAAACCAUCACUACUGAAUUAAUAUCAUAUGUUGUGAGUGCAAGCAUCUCAAAUACAUCUAUUCAAAACUUGGCUGACCCAGUGAUUAUCAUUCUGAAGCAUAUUCAAGAAGACUGGAAUUAUAAUCAAGUUUACUGUGCCUUUUGGGAUUUUGACAUUAACAAUGGGCUAGGUGGAUGGAAUCCAUCAGGCUGCAAACUAAAGGAAAGCAACAUAAAUUACACAAUCUGUCAAUGUAACCACCUUACCCACUUUGGAGUCUUAAUGGAUUUGUCCAGGUCUACAGUGGAUGCAGUGAAUGAGCGGAUAUUAGUGAUUAUAACAUAUACAGGAUGUGGGAUCUCCUCCAUUUUCCUGGGGAUUGCCAUGGUGACAUACAUAGCUUUCCAAAAACUUCGAAAAGAUUAUCCUUCAAAAAUCCUGAUCAACCUGUGUACAGCGUUACUGAUGCUCAACCUAGCAUUUCUGGUUAAUUCCUGGCUGACAUCAUUUCAGAAAGUAGAACUAUGUAUCACAGCUGCAGUGGCACUUCAUUACUUUCUCCUUGUGUCUUUGACUUGGAUGGGCCUGGAAGCAGUCCACAUGUACUUUGCUUUAGUCAAAGUCUUCAACUCAUACAUUCCAAAUUAUAUCCUUAAGUUUUGUCUAGCUGGCUGGGGAAUCCCAGCAAUCACAGUGACCAUUAUACUCAGUGUAAGAAAAGACUUAUAUGGAACUCUGAACCCAACAACUCCAUUCUGUUGGAUUAAAGACGAUCACAUCUUUUACAUCUCCGUGGUAGCUUAUUUUUGCCUCAUAUUUCUCAUGAAUCUCUCCAUGUUCUGCACUGUUCUUGUUCAAUUGACUUCCGUGAAAUCCCAAAGCCAGAAGACUCGGAAGAAAAUGAUUCUGAAUGACCUCAAAGGCACAAUCAGUUUGACAUUUCUGCUUGGCCUCACCUGGGGCUUUGCCUUUUUUGCCUGGGGACCUGUGAGGAUCUUUUUCAUGUAUCUUUUUGCCAUUUGUAAUACGUUACAAGGCUUCCUCAUUUUUGUGUUUUACUGUGUGAUGAAGGAAAGCGUGCGGGAACAGUGGCACAUGCACCUCCACUGUAGGCGGUUUCGGCUGGAUAACUUCUCAGGUAAGAUUUUUGGGAUAAAUGUUAGGCAUAAACAGAAGAGAUCGAAGAAAAUCAAUGAGCCCAAAUUAUUGACACCAUCGCUCAAGUCAACAACCAACUGUACUUUCAAAUCUAUGGGAUCUGUACCCAGCAUUCCUUCAGAAAUCACCUUUCCAAAUGGUGAUGUUGAUGAUGGUCUAUAUACAUUCUCCUCCUUGAGUUGUGAAGCUGCACCUUCUUUUAUAAGAAGAGCAUUGCCUGCAGAAAUCAAAACAAGUUCUAUUCAGAAACAAAGAUCAUUUUCCAUAAAUGCCAGCAGAGAUGCUCACCUGACUCCCAGCACUGGACUAGGGGAAAUGUUCAAUUUGUAA